AUGCCGACGAUUCUGGUCAACUGCACAACACCAACGCACCCUAAGUCGUGUACCCUUCAAAAGCUACCCCAGGACGCGAUACCUGCACGUGUCGUCAGCUUAACGCCGAAAAGUUUUGCGGCAUGGAGAUAUAACGCGUCCGGCUCCCGGGACUGGUCAGGCUUGUCUAGGAUCAAAAUACACUUCAAAGACUCGAAGGGAGAACUGGUAAAGACGGUGGAAGCCAACGAAGGAGAUGAUCUUCUUUCUAUUGCGCAUGAGUAUGACAUCGAGUUAGAAGGUGCUUGCGAAGGCUCAGUUGCCUGUUCGACCUGCCAUGUUAUCCUGCCGCCAGAAUACUACGAUCUGCUUCCUGAGCCGGAGGACGACGAAAAUGACAUGCUCGAUAUGGCGUUUGGGCUUACGGAUACGAGUCGCUUGGGCUGCCAGGUAAAGUUAACGCGCGAGUUGGAUGGCAUGACCGCGACGCUGCCUGCCGCCACAAGGAAUAUGUUUGUAGACGGUGGGUUGCCCACAAAUACCGUUUCUUCUUCUGAUUAA